UUUCUUUUUUCUUUUCUUUUUGCACACUGGUCACCUCCUGUGUUAAGGGGCCAAACCGUUAAAAUGCAGGAAAGCUGGGAAAACUGAAAUUCCUCGACAGGCCGUCGGUUGGCAAAGAACGAGAACGUCGUCGAGUCGAGAAGAUGAGUAACGUCCUGGUUGCAGCACUAGUGUGUGCUCUUUGUGUGGAGGUUUUUGCGAAUCCUUACCCACCAAGAAAAACUUUCGUGGAAACGCCCGUCCAUGCCGGUAGCUUCGGUCCGGGGCAAGGUAAAAUUGUCCCGAAACGGGGACCACCGGUAAGCCACCAGCACGGAACUGUGCAGCAGACUAAGAUUGGUGCACCAUCCCCGGCCGUGCACGUCGGGACGAAGCCGCAAGGAGCUGCUAGCUACUCUACGGGACCGAUUAAAAUAGGUCCGAAGCGCGUACCACAGGGACAACACAGCCAUGGAAGUGGUCAGUUUGUGAAAAACUAUCCACCACCACCAGCUGCGACUCACUUUGGGUCGCCAAGUCACGGUUCCAGCAUUGGUGUUGCACACGCUGGAGUUGCACACGUGGGUGCUAGUAAUCAGAACCGCGCUAAGCACACCCAAACCGUCCCUGUGAUCGGUCAUGGUGCCAGAGGAUACGAGCAUCGUCGAACGCACGCCCAGCCACAACACGGUUGAGAGGUGCGCGCGUACUGAGGUUAAUGGUUAU